UCAAUGAAGCCAACUAAUCCUGUAAAUCUUCACAUGUGUAUCUUGUUACAAAUUCAUGAAACCAUGUUGAAAUAACUAGUGUGGAUAUUUAAGCAUGUACAGAAUACAGAUAAGUAUGCCAUACAGUUAUGUAUUAAUUAGGCUGAAAAUUUUGAUCAAACUUGCAGGCUGUGGAACUGCUGUGGUAAGUUCAAACUGAUAUGAUACAAUGCUGCAAAAAUAUAUAAUAUAGUGUAAUCAUUAAACAAGUAAUAGAGAUUGAUAUGUCUUCCUACUUAGCUGUAUGAUCUUGAAGAUCUAUGUAAAUAUUCUUGAAAUAAUUUAACUGUCUCAUAGAUGUUUAUGUAAUUUCAUAUUUUUCUUGCUGUUAUCUUGUUGUACAUUUUCAAGAUCAAUUGCUUGUUUCGAGUGUUUGCAUUAGACUCUUCAACCCCUCAAGCUUCCUUUGUUACUUUAUAAUGAGCAUUCUUUGACAGGCACAAGCGUGAAAUACUGAAAUCCUACACGCUGUUAUCAUUGUUAGGAUGGGAAUAAAUUUGCUAUUCUUGCUAAAUACAAUGUGAAUCAGUCCUAUGUUUCUUGCAUAUUGGAUUUAGUUGUCUGUGUUGCUAUUAGGCAUAAGUUAAGGGAGAGCCUUGGUUGUCAGAAUUUCGAUCACUUGCCUUGUGAUGACAGUAGCUACUAUAUAUUAUUAGAUUGCAUUUAACACCACCUGCAGUUCAGAUGCAUGAGCUGUCAAACCAGUUGCUCUGAUAACCAAACUGGAAGUGUGCUUGCAAUAUCAGAGGCCUUGCUUGCUAGUAGGUGUUAACUAUAAUAAAAUGCUAUCCACCUAUACCUGUAAGGACGUCAGUUUUCUGCUAAGAUACCCUUUGAUAUGUAUGUUCUUAUUAUCAACUGGCUGAUUGUGUUGGAGACUAAGUUAAUGUACCACAAGUAGAGUGUGUGUGCAUGUGCUGGAGGAAACUACUAGGUAUUGAUUUGGAAAAUUUGUUGAUGUCGUGGGCGCAGCUGAUAACUCAUUUGGUGUGUAUUGCCUGCAUUAUGCUUGUCUUUUUUAUAUAUGAUAGCUUGUUUUUUCUGUGUGCUUAUCUACUCAUCUUCUCAUGUCAUAAGCGCAAAUAUGUCUUUAACUCUUUGCUAGGCUGUCUUCACUUUCUUGAUUUGCAUGUGUUAUGUCAUGUCAUGUCAUACUUGUUGUGUUUGGUGAUGCAGAAAUAAUGAUCCUUAUAAUUAGCAAUUUCUGCAUUUGCAUUUGCUUUUGAUCUAUUUCUGUCAUUGAUUGCUCCAGAGCAAUUGCCUCUUAGUAGGUGAGUCCAUGUAUCCUACACUAAUCAUUUUAAGCACCUAAAAAUGCAUCUUUUUGCACAAUCAAAAACAUUUGUUGCUAGGAGCUAUUAACUGGCAAGCUUAUGGCCUUUGUUCUGGCAUGCUGCUACAUGUUAUGAAACUGAGCGGUGGUCCUAUCAAAUAGGCUCUAAAUGAAGUGCUUUACUAAGCUCAUUUAGCUAGUAAUAAUUAGUUGGAACUGUUAUGAAACCUUUUCUUAUAAUUGUUCUUUCUUUUAGCAAAAUAGUUAUGGUUUUUGUAGUCUGGUAGUUGUCAUGGACAUAAACAAUGGGUUUAAAUUGCUAUUAGCAAACAGAUUUCGAUGAAAAAAUAAAUAAAAGGCAUUGUGAAUUGUAACAUCAAAAUUUCAGUCUUUUACAUGAAUUGUUCCUGUCCAGUAAUUUUGUGACUUAACUUGAAGCAUUGAUAUAUUUGCUAAAUUCACUCUCUCUCAUCCUUGUUCCAUAUUCUUGAAGGAUUACCGGGAAGAACAUCCAGAAGUGACCGUUCUUGACCCACCAGAUGCCAUACAGCAGUUACGCAAUCGCCAAUCAAUGCUUCAAUAUGCAGCCAAUUUGAAUUUGUCUGAUUGCUAUGGUAAAGUUGGGGUUCCUAGGCAACUAGUUAUAACUGAAGACCCUACGUCGAUCCCACAUGCCGUUGCAGAGGCUGGACUAACAUUACCAUUAGUUGCUAAGCCAUUAGUAGCGGAUGGAAGUGCAAAGUCGCAUGAAUUAUCUCUUGCUUUUGAUCAAUAUGCCUUGUCAAGGCUUGACCCUCCCUUGGUUCUCCAGGAAUUUGUUAAUCACGGUGGUGUUCUCUUUAAGGUCUAUAUAGUGGGGGAAUCGAUAAAGGUUGUGCGCCGGUUUUCUCUUCCUGAUGUUAAUAAAUGUGAACUACUUGAUACUGCUGGUGUCUUUCGGUUCCCAAGGGUGUCUUGUGCUGCUGCUUCAGCUGAUGAUGCAGAUCUGGAGCCUAGUAUUGCUGAACUUCCUCCUCGACCUUUGCUCGAAAGGCUUGCUAGAGAGCUUCGUUGCCGAUUGGGUCUUCGAUUGUUCAACAUGGAUAUAAUCAGAGAGCAUGGAACAAGGGACCAGUUUUAUGUCAUCGAUAUCAACUAUUUUCCUGGUUAUGGUAAAAUGCCAGGCUAUGAGCACAUAUUCACGGACUUCCUCAUAAGCCUGGUUCAAGCAUAACAGGCGUAAUCAAAUGACCACGGACUUUUUAAUUUUCCAGCAUUUAUGUGGUCAUUUGAUCACUGAGAAGCUACAACAUGUGGAAUAUGUAUCUGGAGGAUGGCAAGAUUAUGGCCCCAAAACAGGAAAUUUACAAAGUCUACAUGGCUGUGAUUUGAGAAAACUGGACCGAGGCAGGUUGGUGGCUUUAAAUGGAUUUCACCUUUAAUCAGUUGGUCAUCGCCAUGGAUGCAUGCUACCUCAACUGAAUAGCAAACUCUAUUUUUGUUUAGGUUGUCCAUUUCGAUUAUUGAUUUUUUUAGGUGUACCUUUGAGAAAUUGAUUGUCAAGCUCAUAAACUGAUGGCUCUAAGAUCAAAGGCAUAUUUUGGUUUUCCACUUUGCCUCUGAAAGCAAGAGCUAUGAACGACCUUUUGUCCAGAGUCAGAACUCGUCAUUGUUGGCUAAAGAUAAGAAGAUUAGGUAUUAUGUCUCCAUUUUCAUUUAACUUUUAUUAUUUGAGAGUAAAUAUGGGGGCCAAAGCAGUGCACUGGUUCAUGGAUUGCUGUGUGACUGGUUUGUGGUGCAAUGUCGAUUUUAGAAUGCAGGAAUUUAUUAUAGCCAUCUGUUCAUCAGAUUAUUUCUGGCUGCUUGUAACCUUGUUCCUGUGACAUGGAGGAACAUGAUGUUUCUUGCAAAAGGCCUGGGAAUAAUGCUUAUGAGGGGCUACCGCACACAGGUUUUUGAAGAAUAUAUGUGCCAAGUUUUCCU